AUGGAGUGUCCAACGGUUGCGUCGGUUGUGGAAAAGGCACAGUAUGAGGACAGUACAAUAGAUGAGUCAAUGAUCACCCUACCCCUCCGUCUAAGCAUCACUUUGCCCGGAGUUUCUGCCCAGGACUCACAAGUGAGCGAAUCCCGUCGAUCGGUCAGUUUAAAACGUGCCCCAUUCUAUUUUGAUCGAUGCCAAGGUAAGAAAUUUCUCAUCCUGCUGGUCUCGUGUUGCGCAUCCGUGAUUCAUGCUAUGGCUCAACUGACCAUUAGUAUCCAAUGGAUCAGUGAGGGAGAUUUGAACCCACUCCUAUCGCACCAUAUCAUCAUCGCGUUGUUCACUCUGGUAUUGACCGGACAGGUGAUGUUCCGGUUUGUGAGUGCCAGUAAAAAAAUGCAGUUUGCCACAAUUCAAUUAAUCACCACACUGAUCAUGACCUGUUUGCUCACUUUGUUCACCCUAAUUGGCACAAUUGAACAACUGAUCCCAGACACAUAUGCUGGACCGUUGGCACAACCUCAGCAGAAAAUCACGUUCCGAAAAGAUGCAUCCAGUAAGACCCCAUGGAUCACGAUUGCCGAAGCUCCGUUGGGUGCGUUCAGUAGGGAUUUGGGCAUCUUUCUGUGUGUUUGUGGUCUCCUAUCUCUGGUCUGUCCGAUCCAGAAUGUGAUCACACUGGGCUUUGUGCUCCGAUCGAAGGAGAUGAAACGACCCAGUUAUCGGGCCUCCACAACACGAACGGAUAGUUCGACCGACAGUGACAAUGUAAUUAUGACUGGUUAA